AUGUCAUUACUUAAUGACCCCGAGUACAUCAUCCACAAUCUUCGCAUUGGCUACCUGCGACGGUUGGACGACCCAUAUGCCGGGCGUAUCAUAACAUUUUCACCAAAUGUGCUCUCGUCAAACGACUAUAUAAAGACCGCGGCCUCGUCAUAUCCGGAAAUGCAAGAAUGUUAUUCGCCAAGUACGAGGAUGUUGGGUGGUGCAAGUAGUGAUUAUUUUGAUUUGAAAAAUAUCGGGAGUGGUAAUAGUAAUGCAGUUUCUCCGCUGUCGACUGGUGGUGGUGGGGGUACGCGUUCGAAAAGUUUGGCGUACAAUAGUAAUAAUGGGAAUGCAAAAUCGAGAAAGACGACGACAAGUACUUCUGGUGGAGGAGGAGCUAGUAGUAAUAACAGCAAUAAUAAGAAUAACAGCGGGGUAUUUACGGAUAAUGCUGAAAGUGACGAUGCAACAGAUUUCGAAGUGGAAGAUACAAAUAAACCUCAUCAACAUUCUUUUGCAAAGGUAAAUCUGAAGCGUCAAACGAUGAAAACACCACCACCCGUAUUCAUAACCUCGCCAUCAAAACCCCCCAAAUCACGGUCCAAUUCACGUCACAUGGUCGCGUUCUCUUAUUCACCACCGUUGCCCACAUUAAAAACAUCACCUGAAAGUCUAGUUAAUUUAUCAUCAACAGAACAAACACCUAUACUCUCACCAAACUCGUCUCCCGACAGCGAAAAAGAACCUCUGGACGAGAGACGCGGUUCGGAAGUAUCGAUGCUAACCGCAGACGAAGGUACAGAGCUGCCGCCUGAGAGUUCACCGCCUAAACCUCGAAUAAAGGAUUCAGCAGCAGCAGUACAACAAGAAUUUAAACCGGAUCCACCGAUAAUCAUUAAAAGGCCGAAACCAUUCUCGGCAUUGUCGGCACUGAUUCAAGAUCAGAAAAGCAGGCUACAUAACCCGUUUAGCGAGGAUUAUAGCUUCUUUGCUGGAAAGGGUGAUUUGAAUCCGAUAAAGAUAAAAAUAUAUUUACCAUUCUCGACAGAAAAAGAUCAUCCGCUUGAGCUUAUUGUUAAACGUGAUGUUACAGUCGAGGAGGUCAUCGGAUAUACGCUAUAUCAAUAUUGGGAUGAAAAGCGAGAACCGAUUCUUGAUGAGAGAUUGUGCAAUGUCGCACAAUGGAACAUGAGAAUUGUCGAAGAUGACGGAGAAAUCGAUUAUGAUUUUCCACCAUUAGAAAGAGCACAAAAAAUUACUAAAUUCUUUUUUGAUGCAUAUGGAUUAAUCGAAGCUAAUCCAGAGCAAGUCAUACAAAAUCAACAAUUGCAAAAGACGAAUGACGCCUUAUCAUCUAACCCAAAAAUACCCGCAAAACUCAAUGGUGAUACUUCUGCACCCCCAUCAACGAAAACUGACACAUCAUCCAAACCAAAUGGCAUCAAAUCAGCCGUAGCACCGCUUCCUGUGGAUCUCAGUAAUCAAGUAUUUCUUCGCGUUCGUCUUACUUCGUCUUCUGAAGUUGCCCAUACAACAAUGAUAAAUGUGAUGGCUGAGCAACGAUUAUACGAUGUGCUUGAGAAUGUGUGUCGUAAGCGUAAACUGGACAGCAAAGAAUAUACCUUCAAAAGUAUAGACAAGAAUCAUUUUCUUGAUUUGGAGAAAACGAUAGAUAGUUUAGGUGUGAAUCCGGAACUUGCACUUGUUAAAAAGUCCAAUGAGAGAGCUCGAUCUGAUGCAGUACCCCCGCAAAAUGGUUCAAAAUCUUUAAGGAUAUCACGGCGGACACUAGAAGAGCCAAUUUAUGUAUCGUCUACCGAGUACAUGUCAGUUUAUCAAAAAUACACAGUAAAUCGCAAAAUGCCAAUGUUUGUCGGACGGCAUGAGCGAUCACUAGCAAUCGAUGGUGAUUACAUUCACAUAAUGCCUUCCGAAUCACGGACAAUGUUUGAUUCAAUGAAAACAUCUUCGUAUCAUAUCUCAUCUGUUACAUCGUGUAAACAAGAUAAAAAACUAUCAACGAAUUUUAAACUGGUGAUUGAUCGAGAAUCAGGGAACAAAACUUAUGAUUUCGAGGCUGUGGAUGCAAGACAAGCAGGCGAAAUAUGUAAAAAUAUAAAGUUUCUCUCUGGUCUAUAUAAAGGUGAACAAAGCAAGUCGCGAUGA